CUCGGUACUCGUAUCGCACCCUCAAAAAAAAAUCAAAUUCAAAUCUGAGUCGUUAAUCAUUGGUGUCACUGGUGGAAUAGCAUGCGGUAAAAGUGCGCUAACAGAGAAAAUAGUCAAUAUGUUCAAGACCCAUUUCGAAGUUAUUGCUGUAGACUGUGACAAACUAGCGCACUUAGCCUAUGAAAGUGGCUCUGAUUGCUUUGAACAAAUAAUACAAAGUUUCGGCAAAGAUGUUUUAAUGUUAAAUAGUGUUGGCUCUCAGGAGAUAAACAGACAAGUUUUAGGCCAGAAAGUUUUCGGAGAUCAUAAUAAAUUGAAGAAACUGAAUGAAAUUGUAUGGCCGGAAGUUCGAAAACAAGUGGAAAAUAUCAUCAAGAAAAGUCCUGAAAAAGGCAAAAUUAUUGUCGUUGAAGCCGCGCUUCUAAUAGAGGCUGAAUGGGCAGAUUUAAGCAAAGAAAUUUUCACGUGUAUAGUUCCAAAGCAAAUGGCACUCGAACGGCUAUCGACAAGAAACCCAUUGUUGUCUGCGGAAGAAGCGCUCUCUCGCAUUGAAAGUCAAAUUUCGAAUAGAGAGCGAAUUGAGCAUUCUACUUUUGUUUUCUCAACGCAAUGGGAUCACGACUUCACCUUACAUCAACUCACUAAAGCUUUCAGUACAAUAAAACAUGAGCUCCUCUUGUGAGCUUUUUGGUUGUCUUUAAUUAAAUAAAAUCAAUGAACAAAAUUAAGUUAAUACUUGAAGAAUAUAUACUCCUUGAGUCGGAGAACGAAUAAUUUAAUGUAGUCAAAUACUGAUUUCGUAUUGCAGGCUUGAGGCUGAUUUUUUGGGACUCAUUUAGGUCUGAGUUUUGUGUUUUGCUUGA